UGCUAAAUGAGUCUGUUAGUUUACAAGCUUCUUCUUCAAAGGCUAUAGACAAGUCAUGUCUUCCGUACCGGCAAUCGAGGUCACAAUUAUUGGCAAGGGCUCCGUGUGAUCUGACUCAAGAAAGAAGACCUAGAGUGUUCCGGACUUCACAGGACUUCACCAGCUCAAGCUUUCACCGUGCAAAAACAUGUUUGCUUGACCUUGACCCUCGAGAAAGGUUUUCACAUUCACUUCAGCUUUUUUCUCAACACUCACUUACUGCCCCAAAGCAUUCCGCCUAUCCAGGAUCUCUACAUUCUUCUGAUGAUCCUCAACCAGCCGACUCUUCUCAAAUUGAGAUUCCACGUAACACAGUUGAUCUGAGACUGCAACCAUCGCGCUCAGUCAGCUUUCCUGCGGCUCAUUACGUUGAAAAGGAGUUGAAUUUUCCAACAAGCUUGAUGGAAGACUACUCGACAAAACCGAGCGAAGUCAACGGACAUCGUCGGGUUCAAACCCUCCCAAACGUUCAGAAUAACAACACCGACGAUGGCCUGCGUGUAGCCGACGCUACGAAUGCCCCAGUGGCCUCGGGCGAGCAUAAGAUACCCGAACAUGUUGAGCAAGGACGAAAUCCUGGACCACCUUCCGCGCAGGGCCAAAGCGUUGGGGAUAUUUUUAAACGCCGCAUGAAGGAUCAUCGUCGCUUGAGACGCUGGAAGGCUUGGUUUGAGGCACAGCAGAUCUUCAUAAAUACUACUGGGCAGCAAUUCGCCACAGAAAAUCAAGGACAGGGGCCCGUCCUCGUGCCAGAACCCGCUUGGUUGCAUCGCCAGGCGGCUCUCAUGGGACAAGAGGCGGUCCGCAUAGCACAGCAAGUGCCUUAUAUGGAACAGCAGCCGGCCGUUGGGGCACAGACUGCCUUAACCUCUGAUACGCCUCAGCAUGACAAUGAAGUGGCAGGCACGGAUGAAAAUCGUAUGCCUGCUCUAGAGGAAGCCCUUCCUGAUGGUACAGAUCCGUCACUACUCGCAAGCUCCAAGCAAUCUCUUGCAGAGUACCUGAUCUUCAAGAAAAGACCAUGUGCGAGGCGCAGAAACUCUGAGCCAACAGAUAUUAAGAAUAUUCUUCAUCUCACGGCAUUUGAAAAUUCAGCUGCCUUUCGCGACUACAUCGACGCUACAACUGCCGAGUUGGAUGAUCCGUUUGCUCAGGAUGACGCUACCGAUUUUGGACUCCUUGCAUUGAGAGACAGGCCUGUUGCCGAAUGGGGCCGUGAGUGAAGGAGUAUGCUUCAAACCAACAUCUGAUUUAUGGAGGAGUGUUCGAAAGUUGGUAUGGACUAUGUGAGCACCCAACUGCUGUCUUAGCUGUCACCCUUUGAAGUGUCC